AGAAAAAGGUGAACCAAAAUUAAUUUCAGUGGGAAUUCAAGCUAUCCACCAUUUGAGUGUAAGUGAAUUUGUAAAUUGGAUUCAAAGUUUCGAAAUUAUCAUUUUAGACUUUGCCGGCUGUAAUCGCCAAGCAGUCACCUAAAUUCAAGUAAAAAAUCCAAUAGAACUUUUUUAACAAGUAUCAACAAGAGUAUGGUGCGCGAGGAGCUAGCCAAAGGUUAUGAGAGUUUUCGAGAAGCAACCGCUAAAUUAUCUGCAGAGAAAAAUGCAAAAUUGUAUGUUUAUUUUAUUGGAGAAAGAGAUGCAACUGGAACGAAUUGGUGUAAGGACUGUAAUGAGGCUGAGCCCGUCUUCGCUCAAGCGAUUAAAGAUUAUGCCGACAAAGAUAGCAUUAUCUUAAGAGUCGAGGUGGGCAAUAUGCUCGCUUGGGCGGAUAAAGAGAAUCCUUUUCAUACGGACUCUGAUCUUAGACUCGAAGAAAUUCCGACACUUAUGCGAUGGAAAACUGUACUACAUUUGCACGGGAAUCAAUGCAAGCAAACUGAGUUAUUGGAGUUGCUUUUUCAUGAAGAAGACGAUUAAACGUUUGUGCGCGAGCCUGUAAUUGAUAAUAAAAUGAUUGCCAGAAAGAACAAUGUUAUUAAGUGUAGUUUGUUCAAUUUUUAUCCCCUUCAAUCAAGUUCGCUAAUAUCCCCCGUCCAGUUAAAGUGAAGCGAUGCCGACUGGGGUCGUUACAUAAAAACUGAGUACAUUUGUUGCCAGCUACUUGGGGAUGAACGAAUAAGUACAAGAUAAUCUAAGAUAAGUUUAUGGCCAUUAAUUUUAGACAUGACAAGGAAAAUGAGUUCCAUCUUCGAUUUUUAAGAUUCUAUAAAGUCGUUAAUAAAUUUAUAGAGAAUGUCACAGCGCAGAGCAGCUUCUGGGAAAAGUAAUUGGCUCGAUAUUUUAAUACUCUACCAAGACUAAUGCUUAUAUAGGACUGAGGGGAACAUAUAAGCGCCUCUUAAAGGACAGGAUUUUUAUGCUGGCCAAUAGAGAAUCCUCCGUGGAUGCCAAGUUCUUCUUCUUACAUGCGAAUUUCUUACCCACAUUCACUAUGCGAGUUACAAAUAGUUUUAUUAAACGUCUGCUCAGAAACAUUAGUCUCCUUCUUUUCGUGUAGAUCGCUGCCGCCUUUACUACUUUCAGCGACAAAUGGGUUAUUUAUUAAUCAGUUGUUUGCUGUUGCGCUCUUUGCGCACGCCAUGCAUACUAUUUCGAAACCUGGCAUAUUAUGUUGUCGGUUCCAAAAUAAGCGAAACAUACGAAAAUCGAACAUCAGACGAAUCGCGAUAAUUGCGAAGACAAAUUUCACCUAACCAUUGAUAUAUUAAUUUGUUUGACAUAUUUGCGACCGGAAACAAUAUCGAUCGAAAUUUCGGCAAUAAAUUGUGCGUUAAGUAAACGUUUUAACAUUUCCAAGUUUUUCUUAAUCGAAAGUUAAGGGCGCAGUACACAAAAUUGAGAAUAUGCGUACUUUUUAUCUAUUCUUUAUUCGCAUAGACUUGAUAAGAGUUUGCGCGGACAAGCAUGCGGACGGGCAACGAAGAAGGAAAAGUAUAGACGGGUUCGCUCAAGUUUCUUAGCACCUGUUACAGCGAUAUAUUUACAUGAAUUACAUAUUUACAUACACAUUUGGUAUGAUAAAGAAGAAAAAAUUAUAUUAAGCUUAGAACGAAUAAUAUCCGUCCUUAGCACGAAUGCGAAAGACAAAUGCAAAAAAAGGGGAAAAGAUUCAUUCGCUCGAUAUAUAUAUGAAUAACGGGUCAAAUAUCAAUUUUUUACUUUUAAAAAUCGCACUGUUGUCCAUUUACGUUGUACUGUGGGCGUGGCUUUUAACAGCUGUGGUCCAUUUUCAGUAUCAACCAGCGUGUACUUACUUCCAACAUUUGAAGGCGAUAUUUUCAUUAAUUGCAUAUGGUCGACAGAAAGACCGAGAGAUGAGCGGGCAAACAAGGCCAGGGGAAUUCAAAGUUUUGCGUCGAUCGAUAACUUAUAUGCUUUGUAAGAUCUCUGAAAUUCCUUCCAGGGUGCUAAAAACGUUUUGAUAAAAGAAUGAAAAUAGCGAUAUUGCAUAACACCGACUGGGCGUGAGCGGUCAAUUGUUUCCAUUGUGCAUGUGUGCAGGUCCGGGCGAAUUAGCUAUAGAAUAUACGCUUUAUAGCUGGUAAGUAACGAGCGGAAAGCACACUUUUCCAUUUUGAGGAGUGUGUGCGCUGUGUGCUUGCCUUUUGAUUAAUUGCACCCAUUUUCGAUGCCAGCCAGCGUACAAAAAUUUCCAAUGUUUACGCCAACUUGUAGUCGACGUCUUAUUUUGCGGCCAGAAAAAUGCUUACUAAAUACAUUACACAGACAGACAGACAGACAGACAGAUAGGCAACCAUACUGACAAACGGGCGAAUGGACAGGCAUCAGACGGACAGAUCAAGGCUUAGAUCAAGAUUAUGAUUUUGAAUCGGUCGCUAUAAUAAAAGGUGGAUCUAUCUUAAGUGCGUUUGCAUGUUACAUAUAACCUAACUAACUUAAUAUAGCCCAUACCUCAAGUGGUGAAGGGCAUAAAUAUCGUUAGAGCGUGCAAUUGAGAUUCAACAUCCAAAACAGGAGAACAGGAGCGGGAUUGUCUUCCAUCAUUAUAAUGCCCAAUAAUCCCUUUAAUGACUCAACAAAAAUGGACAGACCUUGAGCGUAAAGUUUUGAUGCGUCCAACAUAUAUGGCGGACUUUGCAGGACUCCAACAGUGUCGUAUGCAUAUACGACUUUUGAUUUUGAUAAGAAGAUUGAAUUCAAAGCUAUUAAUAAAAUUUUAACAAAAUCGCGAAAAUUAGCGACGGGUAACCAUAAUUAAAUUAUUUUCGCUAUUAAUAUGAUGGUAAUGAUAAAAAAAUUGUAUAUAUGUUUUUAUGGGAUCUUCGAUGUGAGCCUCGUAGGCCAAGCAAUUGGCAAACGUAACAUAAUUCUUUUGAUGAAUCAUAGGCGAGUUAAACCAGCGGAGUUUUAAAGAAAUGUCGAUGAGGUGUCGCGGUACUUCAAUGAUUAUUUCUACAUAGUACACGCGCAGUAAAUAAUAAGCCCACUAAAUCUUUAAAUGUUUACAAAAAAAAAAAAA